UGAUCCCCUUUGACAUAACAAAUAACUGGCAACAUGAGAAAUAUCAAGAAUAUAACGUGUAAGGUUCUUCAGCAGAAGUACCUAUACCAGCCACGGCUUGCCACAUUAUAUUACAGCACAGCAAAGAAUGCCGACACAAAAGUGCAUUUGGCGGCGGGCUACCAGCCCAAAGAGGUCGAAGAGGCCUAUUGGGAGCGUGACAAGGAGGAGGCGAAUCUGCCCCAGGAAGGCAAUAGCUGCAACCGUGGACCCUACCGUAUGCUGCUACCACCGCCAAAUGUGACGGGGAAUCUGCACCUGGGCCACGCUCUGAUGGCCACCGUGCAGGAUGUGAUAGCGCGCCAGCAGCGUCAGCUUGGCUACGAGGUGGAUUGGGUGCCGGGCACCGACCAUGCCGGCAUAGCCACACAGGUGGUGGUGGAACGCACACUGACAACUGCCCAGGGAAAGACGCGCCAUGAUAUCGGACGAGAGGCCUUUCUGGAGGAGGUGUGGAGGUGGAAGGCGGCCAAGGGUGCUGGGAUCGUGCAGGACCUGCGCCUGUUGGGCUGCAACCUUAACUGGUCGCGCGAGUACUUCACCAUGGACGAACAGCAGGCACAUGCCGUCAAUGUGGCCUUCGAGCGACUCUUCGAUGAAGGGCUCAUCAGGCGGCGCAAUUCGCUGGUCAAUUGGUCCACCACACUGCAAUCGGCCAUCUCGGACAUCGAGGUCGAAGUGAUGGAUAUUAAGGAGCCCACCGAUAUUCGGGUUCCAGGCUACAAGCAUAGCAUCGCGUUUGGCAGAAUUUUCGACUUUGCCUACACCGUCGUGGAUGGCGAAACACAGCCAGAUGGGUCUGCCGAGGAGAUUGUGGUAGCCACCACCAGGCCAGAGACAAUUCUGGGCGAUGUGGCCGUUGCCGUGCACCCACUCGAUCCCCGGUACAGCAAGUAUCGUAACAGAGAUAUGGUCCAACUGAAGCAUCCCUUUCGCAACGACACGAUUCCCCUCGUCUUCGACCUGGCCGUGGACAGGGACUUCGGCACAGGGGCUGUCAAGAUCACGCCGGCCCACGACAAGUUCGAUUUCGAGCUGGCAGCCCGUCACAACCUGGAGCCUCGGCAGGUUUUCAGCCAGGACGGAUUCAUUCUGGAUACCUUUAAAGACUUCGAGGGAAUGCCGCGUUUCGAGGCUCGUGACCAAAUCGUCCAUCUUCUUGAGAGUAUGGGACUGCUUCGCCAGGUUCGCCCUCAUCCCAUCCAGCUGCCCAUCUGCUCUCGGUCCAAGGAUGUCAUCGAGUACAUGAUCUGGCCCCAGUGGUUUCUAAAUUGCAAAGAAAUGGCCCAGGAUGCGCUCUCCGAGCUGAACAGCGGUCGACUGCAGAUCAUUCCGUCCAAUUUUGAGGUGGAGUGGGAUCGCUGGCUGCAGGACGGUCGCGACUGGUGCAUCUCUCGGCAACUAUGGUGGGGCCAUCAGGUGCCCGCCUACCAGUUCAGUGAUGCCGAGGGAAACACCCACUGGGUGGCUGCUCCCAGCGAGCAGGAGGCCAUCCAAAAGGCCAUAGCCCUGUUGGGCGGUAGCGAGGAGGAGCUGACACUAGUCCGUGACCCAGAUGUGCUGGACACUUGGUUCUCCUCGGCAUUGCUGCCCUUCUCCGUGGCCGGCUGGCCCAAUGCUUCGUAUAAGGAGAAGUAUCCACUGGAUAUAAUGCAGACGGGACAUGACAUACUCUUCUUCUGGGUGGCCCGCAUGAUGAUGAUGGGCCUGAAGUUGACUGGCGAGGCUCCCUUCAACAAGGUGCUACUCAAUGGCAUCGUCUGCGAUGCCCAUGGCAGAAAAAUGUCCAAGAGCCUCGGCAACAUCGUGGCCCCCCAGCAGGUGGUCCAAGGCGCCAGCCUCGAUAGUAUCAUGGAUGGGCUUGAUCAAUCCCUGCAGGCGGGCGUCAUCAAUAAGGCUGAGAUGGACGUUUCGUACAAGUGCAUGAGCAAAAUGUUUCCCAAGGGCAUCCAGGAGUGCGGCACAGAUGCGCUGCGCUUCACUCUCCUCAGCCACAACAUUAAGAACCACUUCAUCAACUUCGAUGUGACCACCUGCCACACCAACAAGCUGUUCAUCAACAAGAUCUGGCAGGCCAUGCGCUUCACAAUGGGAGCUGCGGAGCGUCUGAGCAUCUCGCUGCAUCAAUACGAGACGCUGGAAGGAGUCAAUCUAGGCACAUGGGAUCGCUGGAUCAUUGGCCGUCUGGGAGAGACAUUGGCCAUAUGCUCGGACAGCUACAAAAACUACAAUUUCCACAUGGCUACGGCAGCCCUCAAGCAAUUCUUCUAUCAAAAUCUCUGUGAUACUUACCUGGAAACCACCAAGACUGAAAUUAACCAUCGAACACCGAACGGCUACAUCCACGUGGGCACCCUGACCGCUUGCCUCAGCUGGGGCUUGCAGGCCAUGGCGCCGUUCACACCGUUCGUGGCCUCAGAGCUACUGCAGCACGUGCCACUCAAUAUUGAGGUGAAACUGUCGGAGUACGCGGACAGAAAGCUCGAUGCGGAGAUCAACGAUAUAGUCGGCAUUUGCCAGAGUAUUCGCCAGCUGAAGAGCAAGCAUAAGGUUAGCAAACGACACGAGCCCAAUCUCACGUUGUUUGCCACAUCUUCCGAGUCGGAGGAGAUGCUGGGUCGCCAUCUGCAGCAGAUACAGCUGCUGGCGCGCUGCGAAAGCGUGGACCUGGAUAUGCUGGACGAGAACUCGAAGCAUUCAAGGAAAAUGAACCUUUUCUCUACGGCGGGCCCACUCUGUUCAUUCGGCCUAACCAUGAGCGCUGACUUCGGUAUGACUGUGAAGCAGCGGGAGGAGAUGAUUCGGGUCAACAUAAAAAGGCUCAAAAGGCUGAUGACUGAGCUGCAAAAAUACCGCAUGCGCCUAGACAAUGAAGCCUUCCAGCUAAUGGCAGACGAGAAAACGAGGGAACAUUUCAGAAAUAGGGUCAGGGAACUGGAAGCGGAAAUCGAGACCAUAAUGCAGGAAUCAGCUUGAUCUCAAUGAAUAUCCAAUAAGUAUAGAUAAUGACUGUUGUUAUUGUUUGAUAGUCCAUUAAAAUGUAAAUUUCA